AUGCUCUUUGUCCUGAAGGAGCAGUUGAACCUGAAGUGCUGGGGGCUGCAGAACACAGAUACCUUUGUGCUAGCAUACGACAUCUGCAGUCCUGUGAGAUUUGAGUAAGUCAAGAUGAUCCAACAGCAGCUAGCAGAGAACAGGAAGUGGAAAGGCAAGGCCAGGGACUGUGCCCCUGUCCUUGAUCUGCCUGCAAUUCCCAACCCCAGGAUGGGCAGUGCUAAUGAGAGGCCUAUCAUUGUAGUCGGGCACAAGUGGGCUGGGAAGAAGCCCUUCUCCAUCCUGGUGAAGAAGAGCUGGAAAUGCGGGUGCCUGGAGUGCUCAGCCGAGUACAACUGCCACAUCCUCCUGACUUUCAAGGAGCUGAUGUGUAGUGUCCUGGCCAGGGCCUACAAGCGCAACCACUUCACCAGGUGCCUGCAGGAGGUGUUGCACAUGAACUGAUGCCACACUUAGACACAACGCUGGCUGGGGUGGGGGGAGCUCCCUCUGCUCCAGGGACUA